UCAUGCUGCUGCCAAGUCCAGAGUCUCUCAUGGGUCCCUGUACGGCCUCCCAUUGCUGCUGUCUCCAUCGCCACACUCUGCUGCCAUGUGCCACUUUCAGGUCUCCUCACACUGCUGGUGUGUUCCAUUUUUUGUCAUAGGGUGCUGGCAGAUUACGGGCCUCCCAUAGCUGCUGCCAGGCCCCUAAUCUGCCAUGGGCCCCUAUACCGCCUCCUCCUCAUGCUGCUGCCAAGUCCAGAGUCUCUCAUGGGUCCCUGUACGGCCUCCCAUUGCUGCUGCCUCCAUCGCCACACUCUGCCAUGUGCCACUUUCAGGUCUCCUCACACUGCUGGUGUGUUCCCAUUUUUUGUC